AUAUUUACUCGUAGAUACUUAAAGGGUUUGUAGAGGAACACCAACCGCGCAUCCGUUAAUACGAUCCUGCAGGGUUCCCCUACUCCUCCUCGAUAUCUCCCACCAUUCGACUUUCCCCGUCCCGCUAGGCGGCCAAUCGGUUCCUUGUUUGCCAUACAAAAUCCAAUAGUUUGCCUUGUACCUUCGUGCAGUGCGAGAAUGUAUUUCGUAUUUUCUACGAAUUUCGGCGGAUAGCGCGGUAAUUCUUUCAGUAGCUCGACGUGUAAUUGCGAAAAUGUGCAUUCUUUCGUGUCUAUUUACGCACACUACACGAUUUCGAUGGUCUUAAGAAGAUAUCAAGAGAAAUAAGCAUAAGAGCAGGAGGCAAAGACAGAAAUUCCGGUUCAAUUUCGUGAUAGAAGACCGGACGCCCGUUCUUGCAAGAAGAGCAAAAAAAGAAGAAAAAGUUGUAGAAAAGAAGCGAACGAAAGGAAGGAAGAGAAGAGGAGGAAGAAGAAGAAGAAAGCAGCUUCUCUCCGUGGCUUUGUGGCGAUUGUGUAGUGGUGAAGAAGGUUGCACGAAUCACCGGGAUGAAGUUGUGUGCCCUCCCCUAUGUGAUUUGCCAUGAAACGCGUUCGCGGGCUGGAUGAAAUAGCGUCAUCAGCAGCAACGUUAAAACCUUCAUCAGUGAGCGGAGGAAGUGGUCUAAGCGGUGGUGGAGGAUUAGAGUAUCAUUCAAGCAGUGGAAUAGGCCUGAUUGUACCUGGUCAAGCAGUUCGAUCUGUUACUUCUAAAGAAAUGCCGGGAAGUAUACAAUUUGGUACUGCCCAAGCUCAACAGCAGUAUACCGGGGCAAUUGUUGUACCAACUGCUACUCCAUCCCCUAUUAAAGGAACUGGAUCUGCAGGAGGACUUAAUUCUACAUGCAGCGGUACUAAUGUAAAUACAGGUGGUGGAUUACAUGGUGGAAUAAGUAGUGGAAGCAAUCACAGUAUGGGUUCUCAGCAACCAACUACAGGAUCGCAAACUCAAGUUCACACACAACAGCCAACAAUUAGACAUAAGAUACAUUCAAGCAAUGUAGCACCAUUGGCAUCUACUCCCCCAGGUCCUGGAUUAGGUGGCGGCAGUGGAUCUCAACAAUUUCAAAGAUUAAAAGUCGAAGAUGCGUUAUCUUAUUUGGAUCAAGUCAAGUACAAAUUCAGUGAUCAACCACAGGUUUAUAAUGACUUUUUGGAUAUCAUGAAAGAAUUCAAAUCUCAGAGUAUUGAUACUCCAGGUGUUAUUACACGAGUGAGCAAUUUAUUUAAGGGACAUCCUGAACUGAUUGUUGGUUUCAACACUUUUUUACCACCAGGCUACAAAAUAGAAGUACAAGCAAAUGAAAAAGGGUACGCAUUCCAAGUAUCAGUUAGUAUUCCUAGUCCGACUGCUACUCAUACAACAACGUUAUCGCAACAUCAUUGUACGGUGAAUGUUGGUUCACCACCUGUAGCAAGUCCGCCAACACAACCAGCAAAAGCACCACCAGUUUUACAAAUAAUGCAGGGAUCUGGGAGUAUACAUCAUGCCUUGGCGAAUAAUAUUUCCAACAGCAGUUUAACGGUUCAUGCACCCUCGCCACCCCCUAUUCAAUCUUACAACAAUUCUCAUGUUAGUGCUGCACAAGCUCAGGCAGUAAGUCAAGCUCUUAGUCAAGCUCAAGAUGGUAUUCCGACCAGCGGCCAAACGCAACAAAGUCAACCUGUCGAGUUUAACCAUGCUAUUAACUACGUUAAUAAAAUUAAGAAUCGCUUUCAAGGUCAACCUGAUAAAUAUAAACGAUUUCUAGAGAUAUUACAUACGUAUCAAAAAGAACAACGUAAUUUGAAAGAAUCGGGUCAUAUAAGCGGUACAAGUACUGGUGGUAGUACUGCUACUAAUGUUAAACAUUUAACAGAAGCUGAGGUUUAUAGUCAAGUUGCUAAAUUAUUUGAAAAUCAAGAAGAUCUACUUGCAGAAUUUGGUCAAUUUUUACCAGAUGCGACUAAUCAGCAAAGUUCGUUGUCUGCUAUGUUUCAGAGUAACAAGACUGCUCCAGUAAGUGAUCACACAACAAUAAUAAAGAAACCAUUGAGUCUUAAAGCAACUUACAACAAUUCUGCUAACAUUUCACGAGAUCUUCGGGAAUCAAGUGGCACUUGUAUAUUGGAGCGUGAUACCAGAGAUCACAGAGAUCGUGAUCGUGAAAGAGAUAGAUCAGGCGUCCGAGAAAUCAGCACUGGUCAAAAAUUAGGUCACAGUACAGGCCAGCUAAAAAGGAGUCCAUCAUUUUCAACUUCUGUUACGGGAGGUAAUUCUCACAUUCAACAUGGACCACCUCCAUUAAAAAAGCACAAAGUAGCAUCAAUGCGAGAUGUUACUAUAGCUGAAGCUGGAAAAUAUGGUACAUUGAACGAUUAUGCAUUUUUUGACAAGGUUCGUAAGGCUUUAAAGUCACAAGAGGUCUAUGAAAAUUUUCUUCGGUGCCUUGUACUUUUUAAUCAAGAAAUCGUUUCUAAAUCAGAAUUGAUACAAUUAAUUACACCUUUUCUUGGCCGUUUUCCGGAGCUUUUACGUUGGUUCAAAGAUUUUCUGGGCCAUUUAUCUGAUUCUUCCAAUACAUCAACAAAUAAUACAGGGAGCGGUCUAGGAGUCGAAGCACUUCCAAAUAAUGUGGCGCGUGGUCACCAAGAACGACCUCAAGGUGAUUUAGCGAUGGAAAUUGAUUAUACAGCGUGCAAGCGAUUAGGAGCUUCAUAUUGUGCUUUGCCUAAGUCUUAUGUUCAACCAAAAUGUACUGGUAGAACGCAAUUAUGUAAAGAAGUUUUAAAUGAUACAUGGGUAUCAUUCCCAACUUGGUCAGAGGAUAGUACAUUUGUUACAUCAAGAAAAACUCAAUAUGAAGAAUUUAUUUAUCGUUGUGAAGAUGAAAGAUUUGAGCUUGAUGGCGUGAUAGAAACCAAUGCAUCGACCAUUAGGGUAUUAGAAGGUGUCCACAAAAAGAUGAAUAGGAUGAGCCAAGAAGAAAUUCAAAAAUUUAAACUAGAUGAUUGUCUUGGAGGUUAUUCUCCCACGAUACAUCAACGUGCAUUAAAAAGGAUAUAUGGAGAUAAAGCUGCUGAUAUUAUAGAAGGUCUUAAAAAGAAUCCUGUAGUUGCAGUACCAGUCGUUUUACGACGUUUGAAGAGUAAGGAAGAGGAGUGGCGAGAAGCUCAAAAAGGCUUUAAUAAAAUUUGGAGAGAACAGAAUGAGAAAUACUAUUUGAAAUCUUUAGAUCACCAAGGUAUUAAUUUUAAACAAAACGAUGUGAAAGCUUUAAGAUCUAAAAGUUUAUUUAAUGAAAUUGAGACUUUAUAUGACGAGAGACACGAGCAAGUAGACGAAGGUACCAGUGAUAAUCAAGGAAACAGUGGUCCGCACUUAGUGUUACCUUAUAAAGACAAAUCUGUCUUAGAUGAUGCAGCUAAUUUAUUGAUACAUCAUGUCAAACGACAAACUGCUAUUCAUAAAGAAGAUAAACAGCGUAUCAAACUCUUACUUAAGCAUUUUAUACCAGACCUCUUUUUUCAUCAACGCCAAGAACUUAGCGACGAUGAGAGAGAUGAAGAUGAUGACAAAGAGGAUGUGGGUGUGGCAGCAUGUAGUAAUUCUCAAUCUAUAACCAUGUCAUCGCCACAUGGUGGUCUUCAAGCAAACAGGAGUAAGGCCCCACUUUCCCCAGUCCUGUCUUCCACUUCGGUUAAAGUUGAACCUGAUAUCAAAAUACCCAUGCAUGCCCUAUCAAAUGAUCCUGAAGAGGCAUACACUCUUUUCAUGGGCAGUAAUAAUUGGUACCUCUUUUUGAGGUUACAUCACAUCCUCUGUGAAAGAUUAACUAAGAUGUAUGAGAGAGCGGUUACCCUUGCAGAAGAAGAAUCUAGAUACAAACAGCAACGUAAGGAGAGUACUGCUGUGGCUCUUAGGUUAAAACCAAAAAGUGAAAUAGAAAUCGAAGACUAUUAUCCUGCCUUUUUGGAUAUGGUGAAAAAUGUUUUGGAUGGAAAUAUGGAGAGUACGGCAUAUGAAGAUACAUUGCGUGAAAUGUUUGGUAUACAUGCAUAUAUUGCUUUUACUUUGGACAAGGUUGUGACAUAUGCUGUGAGACAAUUGCAGCAUUUAGUGUCCGAUCCUAUAUGUCAACAAUGUAUGGAGUUAUUUCAAAGAGAACAACGUCAACCAAAAGAAAGUAGUGGAGCUGGUGGAUUAUGUGUUACAGCUUAUAUGAGGCUUGGUGCUGAACUUUCGUAUCAGCGUAAAGCAGAAAAAACAAUGGCUGAUGAAAAUUGUUUCAAAAUAUAUAUAUAUAAAAAGGAUUGUAAAAUGACAAUGGAACUAUUGGAUACAGAAGGUGAUGAGGCAAUGGACAGUGGUUGUAGAGAGAAAGAAAGAGAAGGAGUUAUGAUAUCUGAAAAAUGGUCAACUUAUGUGGAGAGGUUCUCUGCUCCGCCUGGUCAAACUAGCCCGAAAGAUACUUCUGCUGCGGUAGACAAUGAGCCAACGACCAAUCAUCCUGUGAGUAGUGACCAGGCAGCAAGGGGGGUUCGGGGCAGAAAGCGCAAGAACACUGACAUUAGCAAGAAGAUGGAUGGACACGGUUGGAGUUCUUUAAACAGGAUUUUGGCAGGACGAAAACCAGUGUUUUUAUACCGUAAUGUCAGACAGUGGCGUAAGAAAGCUGCACAAUUGAUGAGAGCGUCUGUUUCUACUGCUAAUCAUUCUGAUAAAGUCUCAGAAACAUCCAGCAAAGAUAAAACACUGGACAAUGUCAGUGCACUUUUGAAAAGGCCAUCGGGCUUAAGAUUGACAGAUACUGGUGACACAUCAGAAAUUAUUGCUGCUGACGAAACGCAAUGUCGUUUCAAUCCAAAUAAUUAUCAGAUGCUUUAUGUUGCCAGUAAAGAAGCUUUUCUUUAUAAGCAAAGUUCAUUUAGUCGAGCUAGGGAGUGUCAUCCAGCAGUGACAAAACACUUGAAUUCUAAAUUUCACCAGUGGCUGUCAUCAUGGGCAUCUAAAAAUGUCGCAGAUGUUCAACAUCGGCUGUGUCAAGAUUGGUUAAUGGGACGAUACGAGAAUUUGAUUCCUCAUAGAACGCGUGUCAUUACAGACAAUGAUCAAACGCGAUCACCGUAUAGACAAUAUAAUCGGUAUCGGGUUGAACGCUUGCAGUCGGAUGUUCUUACAGAACCAUGCAUGUAACUUUAAUAUAUUUUCUCUUAUUUGUUUCUUCUUUUUUUCGACGAUUAUAUAUUAAUUUUUAACAUGACUAAAAUAAGCAACAUUUACCCGUAUUCAUGUACAUGUAUUUAAUUACUCGAUAUCAAUGUAUGUUCUUUUAGAUCACCAAAUGAUUAUGAAUCGAUACAUUUAAAAUACUAUGUAUUGUAUAUGGAUCUCGAAAUAUUUUUGGCCUCGCGUUAUAUAUUCAGCCAAAUAUUUUUAUUUACAUUACUAAAACGAUAUUCAAUAUCUCUUAUAAGAGCCUCUCUUCGAUUAUUGUAUUAGAAUAUAACAAAGGAUGUAUUUAACCAAUUAUUAUUGAUUUUUUUCCGUGUAUAUAUUAUAAUUUACUAAGUUUAACAUUUGACAAACACAAUAUCCUUCAUUUUUUACAUAUGUUAUCUAAUUAGAAAUAUCACAGGUUGUCAUCGCGUGUACAUUAUGUUACAUCAACAUAAUAUUCUAAUAAUAUUUUAUUAUUAACGAAAGUAGCUUCGAAUAACA